UACACUUCACUUGUCCUAUGUCCUCUUCUGAAUUUUAUAGGUGACCAAUAUGAUACUGCUCUAAAAAUGGACCGGGGAAAAUCUAGUUCAGGAGGAAGAGGAGGAAAGAGUAAAGCUCCACAGCAUCCUUGGGAAGUAUAUGCGUUAGGAGCAAAAGCAGGAAAUGAACCAACAAAACGUUCAGUGCCAGUGCCUCAUAGCAAGCCCGGAACAAGUCACACAUUGUCUGGUGAUAGAAAAAGAGAAGGAGUUGUGCCGCCGUCGGCACUGUUGCCGCCCAAGAAAGCCAAGCUCGCCCACAGUUCCACAGUAGUGUCUGGAGGAAUCGUACGCAGCUCUUCUGUUCCCUCCCAGGACAACUCAGACGCCUGGGAAAAUUUCGCUUUGGAUUUUGAUCCAGCAGAUUUCAUUACGCUUAUCAGUGACGCCUCGACUGCAAACGACCAUGAUAAAGUGGUUGGCUACAUCUGUGGAGCCAUAAAAACACUGAAGCAGCAAAGGUUUAAACCAGACGCCAGUCUGAUUCAGAGCCUUAUAUACUUGAGUAAGAUCAAAAGUUUAGUGUUCACCAAUGAGUAUAUCAUGAGUGCGCUGUGUUCUGUGCUGCGGAGGGAUCCUAACCUCGCUUUCAAGACCAAGAGUCCAGUGUUACCAGUGUUGGCUACCAACCUGCUAAUGAGAGCCUACCAGGACAGUCGACGUUGGCCUGAUGUGUUUGUCAAGCUUUACAUAGAAGACUCACUAGGUGAACGCCUGUGGGUUGAUCAGGAGAACUGUAAGGGGUUUGUAGACAAUGUGCUGACGGCCUUCAGUACGAAGGCUGCUCCAGCAGAGUCCAGGCCGGAGCUCGCUGAUGAUCCGGAGUCUAUAGCUUUGACAGGACCUUCGUCAACCAUCGCUAAAGAGAUCCUCGAGUUCAUCCCCGUCAUCAACAGAUUUUCAAUGAAUCAAGAUAGUGUGGAGGCCACUGUGGUGGAGAUAGUGAAGGAGAAUCUGAAUCGUCGACAGGCUCCAGAUAACAUCACCCGUAACUUCCUCAAACUCUUGGCCUCGGCUGCAGGUCUUGUAGAGGUGAGAAUGAUGUCAGCCACCAGACUGGAAGUGUGGCUACAGAAUCCCAAACUGCUGAGGUCUGCGCAGGAACUGCUCAUGGCUGUCUGCGUCAACUGUACAGGACACACGCAGAAGGACGUGGAGGUGAUCAGUGCAUUGGUCAAGAUCAGACUGAAGAGCAAAGUGGUCGUCAACUACUACCUUGCUUGUAUCAGGGAACUGAUUAUAGCCCAUUCUGACAACCUGGCCACAGUGUUGAAGCACACGAUUUACAAUGAACUGUCACAGUCUCGCAACCCCAACAACCUUGCGAUGCUCUCUGUGAUGUUUCAGUACGAAGCUGACACAGCAGCCACUAUUCUGGCUGAUAUUUUCCAGGAGUUACUGCUCAACCGAGACGACUACCUGCGUCCCCUACGAGCGCUGCUGCGUGAAAUAUGGCGCACCCUGAGGUCGGACCUCAACCUAGCGGUGUUCAGCCGCGGACUGAUGAGUCAGACUGAACCACUGCCACGGGACUGUGAGUUCAGCCAAAGAGCCUUCACAGCCACUGCUGACUUGAUUACACUCUGCAUGUUCCUAGCCACCGCCACCUACGCUCGGCCGGACAAGAAGGAACCACCGCCAACUUGUGAGAAGAUGCAGAGCUUAGUGGCUGGUAUACAGAACGAUGCUGUGUGGUGGCUACAGGAGACAGCUCUACGCAUCUACAGACCUUCGCCUACAGACUUUGUACACGCCUUACACAAGGUAGUGCUGAUGGAGCAGCCAGACCAGUACUACAAGCUGGACAACUGGCCGCCGGAGACUGAUCGUAUGCAGUUCAUGCGACUAGCCUCAGAGGUGCCACUACAACAGCACAUACUGCUGAGGGUGCUGAUGAUGGGGCUCAGCAAGGAACACCCCCUGUCUCCCCCAGACACACUGGAGCUGGCCGAUCAGCUGGUACGCAGGGCUGCCAACAUUCCCACCAGUGACAACGUCAACAUGCUCACCGUGGACAAGUUGGAGAUAUUUGAUCUAGUCUUCAACCUGUGUGCCUACCACCAUCCGGAGAACAUAGAUCUGCCAGUUGGCUACACCCCUCCUACAUUGGCCAUCACCAAUCUCUACUGGAAGGGAUGGGCUCUACUACUGGUGCUGGCGGCGCACAACCCCACAACUAUCGGCGCAGUAGGCUGGAACAAUUACCCCACCUUGCGACUGCUCAUGGAGAUGUGCAUUACUAACCACUUCGUGUUCCCUGCGGCGCCAGACGAGCUGCAAGUCCUGGCGCUGGAGAAGGAGGCCAUCUUGCAGUUUGAGACGCACCUUGCUGCAGCCUCUACCAAGGUAGAAAUCAACGAACAGUCUAGUCUGCUGCUGUCUCAGCUGACGGGGAUGGAUGUGAAGGGAGAUGCUCGCAGACCACCAGCUGUGGUGGUGGAACAGCUGACUCUGCUCAACAAUCAGCUGAGACUGGGACACCAGCUGUGCCGCUGCAGACAGCCGGACUUCCUGCUGGACAUCAUACAACACCAGGGUCCGUCACAGAGCAUGCCCUGGCUGGCUGAUCUAGUGCACAGCUCUGACGCUAGUCUCAGCCACCUGCCAGUGCAGUGCCUGUGUGAGUUUCUGCUGAGCUCGAGCGCCAGGCAGCAGCACAAGUAUCAGCAGCUGCUGAGCCACCUCCAGUCACUGCUGAAUGAACCUUCGCAGGACCCAGAGAUUGUGUGUGAGAUCCUUGACUACUUCCUACGCAGACUCAGUUCACCCCGCAACAGGGAGCAAGCCAUUGCGGGGCUUCGUUUAGUGCUAGGGUGUGCAGAAGAUGAGGUAGAGGAGGGAAAAGAUGACACGUCCUGGCUACUUAAGCAACUACCACUGCUUCCCCACUUCCCUGAGGCCCGGCCGCAGAUCGUGAUCGCGUUGCGCAGCGCGUGUCUGGUAGAGACGGACCCUGGCCUGGUGGUGACGUAUCUCAACUUCCUGGCACAACACACAUCUAGUGAUGUGACGGAGACGACGGACCUGGUGGCGGACAUGGCCACUCUGAUAGUAGAGAGGUCGACAAUCAUCAAUGCCAUCAUACCAUCCCAGGACCAUCCCAACGCUGGCCUGGACGCAUUCCUCUCCAUCUUCUACACAUACCUGAUAAAGGCUAGAGAGCCGCAGAGAGAGGCGUAUGCGUGGUCGGAGAGCCAAGACCAGAUCCUGGUGACGUGGCCGAGUGGUGAGCAAUGCACCCUGUAUAUACUGGUGGUGCACGCCAUGGUGAUCAUACUGGCUUUUGGACCCCAGUGUGUGUCACUGGCAGCGGAGUAUCAACAUUUGCUGGACAUGUGGUUUCCUCUGGACAAACAAGAUACUCCCAAGGCUUUUCUGGUGGACACAUCAGAGGAGGCCCUACUAAUCCCUGAUUGGCUGAAGCUGAGAAUGAUCCGUUCCAGAGUCCCUCGUCUAGUAGAUGCGGCUCUCACUGAUCUUGAACCUCAACAGCUGAUACUGUUUAUUCAGUCUUUUGGGAUACCCGUCGCUUCUAUGAGCAAGCUGCUAGACACCCUGGACAGAGCCGCACUGACAGACGAGGUUUCUGUGGUGGAAGCCGUGCAAGACAAGGGGUACAUGAUACAGUUGGUGGAGGUGCAACACCAGAGGGGAGCGGAGGGAGGGGAGAUCUUUGCUAGAGCACUAGGAGUGCAAGACACCCCCAGGAGUACAGAACCUGAUCUGGAAGACAUUACACCAAUGGAUGUAUCUGAGCAGAUGCCGUUAGAUCUACCUCCCACCACUCAACUGACAGAUAACAAAGCUGUUGUCAUUGUUGAGAGACUGUUCCUCAUGCCUGAAAAUUUCUCCGACCGCCAAACAACGAGGGAGCUAUUUAUGACUUUACAAAAAACAAUCUCCUCAGAAGUUAGCAAAUCCCAGACAAGCAAAGAACCGCCAAGAAUACUGACAGCUUUGAUUAUUUACUUGAUGAAGAAAACUUCCUCAGACAAAAGCUUUGUGCGAGCGGUUGUGUCACGAGCUCACAUCGCUUGUUCCUUGUUCCGUCUGCUUACAUCUGUUACAAGGUCGGACCUACUAUCAUCAGUGCUGCUCAUAGCCAGUGUGGUGUUGCCUGAAGCCCAGAAGUAUAUGAAAGCAAAACCUCUGGUCGGUAUACUGAAGAGUUUUAUCCAGAAACAUCAGAACAAAGAGAUGACAUUCCGAGCUCAAUCUGGUACUGAUAAUCCUAAGAAAGUGUUUGAGGAGACAUCACUGAGCAGACUGGAGGUUCAAGGUCGUUUGUUGCUGGAGGCUCAUAGUCAGGGUGGGAAUGACUCCAAGACUCUGGUCCAAGCGUUGUCUAGUGUCCUACUCAAACAGUCCUCUGACAACCGCAAGGGUCUGCUCCUGGAUUGGUUAGUUCAGUUGGAGCCAGAGAUCAUUGGCGAGACUUCCUCUUCUCAGAUGGAUCUGUUGUUCUCCCGGGGAGAGUUUGUGUGUCGUCCGUUCCUGCUAACUCUACUAACUCACCACGCCAGCUGGGCAACAUUGCAUCACUGCACUAAGCGACUGCUCAGUCCUAAAGCUGGGGCCAAGUAUGACCCAACAGCAGUGCUAGAUUUUCUGAUCGCACUCACUUGCAACCCCAAGCUACUGCAGGGCAGAGAGAAGUACACACCCAAGCAUGGGGCAGUGGAGGAUAUACUGAACUUACCUCGCUCUCAGCUGCCGUGUAUAGCUGACUACAUCGUGGAGGAAGCUGUGAGGUUUGAUGAUAUCAAGGAGGCAGUGGACAAGAUGAAUCUCCGUCUCUCUCUGUUGGCGCCUCAUGCUGAUCAAGAAACACUCUCCAUUGUCGUCAAACACUUGAAUGAGAAUGCUGCUAAACCCACUGGCAAACACAGCGAGAUGUGCCGGCAGCUGUUGGUCCAGCUGUACCUCAGAGUUCCCAGCAUUGUCACUCAGCUCUCGGAUACAGAGCUGGCAAAAUACCUCAGCAACUCUUCGAUAUCAGUGAUGGGCAGCAGUGUGUUGGACACAGUGUCUCAUACGCUGUUGACAGCAUUGACAGCAACCCCGCCCAACAAGGACUGGUACAGGCGGUCUCAAGAGUUUGAUCUGGCUACCAGGAAGAUGACAGCCACUCACCCACUGCUAGUGCUCCGACAGCUGGAGAUGAUAGCCGCUGCACUGAGAGGACGAGUACAUCUAGAGUUCCCGGUGUUGCGGGGUCGCAACCAUCUGGCUCUGUUCACACAGGUGCUCGGACUGCUGGAGCUUCUGAGGCCUCAUCUGUUCAGGGCUGAGUACACCACUCCUCUGCACAACAUCUUCGACACGUACUUUGCUUUGUUCAAGCAACACGGACACAUGAAGGAUGUCGGUGCUCUGCUGGUCAGAUUUGUAAGCUUGCUGAAGGCAUACAUCGGACACAAUGCUGAAGAAUCUCUUCGUUAUUUACAGACUCAAGCUGCCCUAAUCAGUGAGCUGCAGACCCAGCAUCACAGUCUGGGCAGUGUGUGUAUCUUGGUAGCGGGGGUGAGAGAGGCGGGGGCAGGGGAGGUGGUAGUCACUGUACCCCCCGCACCUCCUGGCCAGGACACCUUCCCUCCACAGUGGGACCACGUGAUAGCAUCACUCAAGGGACCUGAGGUGUUGGCCAGUCUACAAGAGUUGGACCAGAUGAGUGUGCGCCGGCCGGCGUUGCUGGCACCCGCAGUGGCAGUGCUGGGUGAGCUGAUCACUGCGCCGGGCAGCAACGUGCGUGCUCUCGCCCACGGUCUGCUGGCACGGCACCUACGGUAUGCGCCACACACGGCACUGCAGUUGAUGCCAGCGUAUCUCACGGCACUACAGAGCGGACAGGUGGAGGUGGUCAGCUCAGUUCUGGACAGACUACAUGAGGUGGUUGUCUGCUCACAAGAAGUAGCAGUUCCUCUACUAGAGACAGUGUUCAGCCUAGGAUUGACUCACAACAUGAACACACUACAAUGUAUCACCAAGUCUUUGGCUCUACUUAACCUACAGACUGGCUGUUGAAUAUCUGUAAAUUAGUAUUUUUUUUAAACGAGGAAGACUGCAUUCAUUUGUUCAGAUAGAAAUAUCAGUUUUUAUAAUUUUUCUCAAUUGUAGGUAUAUUCUUAAGUUU